CCCAACUCUGAAGUUGCUUCACAGAAGGAGAGGUAUGAAGAAAUUGGCCGACGAGGCUAUUCUUCUAGCGGGCUUCACCUUCCUGAACAAGCUCCUCUGGGAUCCUCAAUCCUCCAUCCACGAUCUCCGGUUCAAUAUAAACCAGUCAAUUUGCUUCAGCAAUGCCGAAUAAAUCCGCCCACGAUUGACCAAUGGAGGACAUCUCAAGCUCGGAGAGAAGAGGUGAUUCAGACGAGAAGAAGAAGACAGCCGGGCUAGAAACCCUCCACUGAUCAGAGCCUUCGCGCGACGCCGGAAGCGCCGGCGAACUGAAUCGCUACCGGUCUAGAGAGAGAGAGAGAGAAGAGAUGAAUAGAUCGGGAUCCAAAAAAUCAUUUUGACGGUAGCUUCUUCAAACCUCAGCCGUUUGAGCCUUCUUCCCCGUAUCAACCCCUUCCUUCAGAAAGGCAGAAAUUUGAGGCAGAGACGAGAUAGAAGAUAGACUCCGACCCUCUGCAACUCCAAUUCACGGAGAACGACUAAGCUGAGAGAGAUAGACAAGUAAAUUGAUUCUCCAUAUCGGUGAGAAAUCCAUGUCUGCAGAUUGAUUUGGCCUGCAGUAGUUGCACGAGAUCCACUAAUUGAUGCCUGUUCCGUUAUUCUGCAAUUCGUGAUUUCGGCCCUGCCAAUUACUUACGAAAAUGCCUAGUUUAAGCCCCGAGGACGUAGGGGUGAUCGAGUUGUUUGAGUUUGCGAAGAAAGCUGGCGAUGCCGCCGUCGGCGACGACAUUUCCUCCAACGGUCCGGAGGUCGGUCGAUGUGUCGAUGCCCUCAAACAGCUCGGUAAUUACCCAAUUACUUACGAGAUUCUCGUCUCUUCUCAGGUUGGGAAACGGCUGCGAGCUCUAACCAAGCAUCCAGUAGAUCAGGUCCAAACCGUGGCCAGUGACUUGCUUGAGAGUUGGAAACAGUUGGUUGUGAAUGAGACUACUAAAAGGAAACAAGCUGAAAAAUCUCCAACUGCAAGCGCUGUAAAAGUAGAAAAAACAUCAACCAAUGGAGCAGUGAAAGUCGAGAAAGCAAAGUCAUCCUCCAAUGGAGCAAUCAAAGUCGAGAACAGGGCUGGACCAGACAUUGUUAAAGUCGAGAAGACAAUAGUGAAGGAGGAGAUAAAAUCUUACCAUGCAAAGAAACCGCCACGGCCAGCAGCUAUUGCUCCUCCAAAGCUCAGUUCUCUAGUAAGAUGCAAUGAUCCCAUGAGGGACAAAGUCCGCGAACUUCUUGCCGAAGCUCUAGCAAAGGUCGCUGGGGAGGUUGAUGAUGAUGAUGAUCUUAUGCGGGAAGUAGGUGCACGAGAUCCCAUCCGAGUUGCUGUCUCAGUGGAAUCUGCAAUGUUUGACAAGUUGGGGAAGUCAAAUGGGGGCCAGAAGUUGAAGUACAGAUCCAUCAUGUUCAACAUCAAGGAUCCUAAAAACCCAGAUUUGAGGAGGAAAGUGCUGCUGGGUCAAAUUAACCCGGAGAGGCUCAUGACAAUGACCCCUGAAGAAAUGGCGAGUGAAGAGAGGCAGAUGGAGAAUAAGCAGAUGAGAGACAAAGCUCUGUUCGAGUGUGAGCGUGGUGGCCCGCCACAGGCCACGACCGAUCAAUUCAGGUGCGGGCGGUGUCGUCAAAAGAAGUGUACUUACUACCAGAUGCAGACUAGGAGCGCUGAUGAGCCCAUGACUACGUACGUAACAUGUGUAAACUGCAGCAACCGCUGGAAGUUUUGUUAGAACCUUCAUCUGUUUUAUGGGGAUUGUUUGCCUUUCCUUCUCUCUACUUCUUCUUUUUGAAGAGAGCAUAGGUUGGUAAAAAUUGCAUAGCAGAGGUAGGCAGCGUUGUUAAUUAAUUUGUUAUGAUUAGAAUCUGUUUCAUUGACAUCACAGUAGUAAUUUACGGUUAUCUGUCUCUGUGUUGUAAGCUGUACAGGGAAUAACCGAUGAUUGUUCGAGCAGACUACUCUAACGAGGCAAUUCUUCGAGCGAGGAUAGAUUGCAUAGACACGGAGCAGCAUUGUCUUGUUGCCAUUGAAAUGAUGAUACUAAUAUUAAUACUAGUUAUGUGGCCCGCACUUCGCAGCGGUAGGGCUGAAAAUUGGCCCGACCCACCCCUGACCCUGUACUGACCCUGUCUGACCCGCCCCUGAAGGGUCAAGAUGUAUAACUGACCCGCCCCGACCCUGUUUCUUUCAUGACCCUGUCUGACCCUUUAGGGUCGGGGCGGGUCAGUAAGGGUCGGGUCAGUGGGUCGACCCUAAUAAAUAGACUACUUUUCUAAAAAUUACAAUUUGGUACCCGAAUUUAUUUUUUCUUACAUUUUAGUACCUAAAUUUUAUUUUUUUUACAAAUAAGUCCCUAAAAUUUGAUGGUAAAAUUACAUUUUGGUACCCAAAUUUUUUAAUUUUUACAAUUUAGUACCUAAACUUUUAAAAUUUUACAAAUAGGUCCAACGUGUUUGUAUGAUGCUUAGGGUCAUAGGGUCAAAAAGUGACCCGACCCUAAAUUGACCCGACCCUAUCUGACCCUGACCCGACCCUAAGCUGACCCGACCCUAAAUUGACCCUGUAGACAAAUUGACCCAGCCCGACCCUGAGGGUCGGGGCGGGUCGGGGGGUUUUAAGGGUCUAACUUACACCCCUACGCAGCGGAUAGACAAUCUUUUCCAAUAUAUUUCACAUAGUCAGAAAUAUGGAGACUCAACUCAAAUUUGAUUAAUGAAUUGAUAAAUUAUUCGAAACUAACUCGUGUUAUCGAAAUGAAACAAUUAUUAUCGCAUUUAAAGGGAUGGUGAAAAUAAUCACAUUUGAUUAAUAAUGAAAGUAAUUGAUUAUAAAUUGGAUUUAUACAGAUACGUUAUCAAAAAAAUUCAAAACUAAUUUUGAAAUUCAAAAUAUUCUCAAGCUAAAAAUUACAAUUGAUUUCCACUAUUAUUUGAUAUUGGAAAUUAGGAGUUUGAUUGAUAUUAAGCUGUAUAUAUUGUGACUUUUAUCGUACCUUGAGUAAAAUUAAAGGUAUAGUCUAUCUUGAGUAACAAAAUGAAAUCUACACCUUGAAUUAACCGGAUUUUAGGACAUGAUACUAUAUCUUAACUCUUCAUGAGUGAAUCCUAGGUCUUAGUUAUCUAAAUCAUCAUAGACCUUAAACCUCAAAAUGAUGCAUAUAUUUUGACGAAUCAUGACCAUUGAUUGUUUUGAGUAAUCAAAUUGAUCUUAGUGUAUGAGAUUUAUAGAAUUAGGGCUCAGAUUUAAUCUUUAAGGAGUAUUGUACAGUACUAUAUCCCAAUUUAAGGUUUAUAAAUCAUUUUCUUAUUCAAGGUAUACCUUUGAUUUUGCUUAAAGGAUGAUGGAACCAUCGAUAUGUGCAAUUCACUAACUCAUAUGAAGCAAAAUCUCAUACAUUGAGAUAGAAAUGAAAAAAGUUUAAAAAAACACUACCCAAAGGAAGUAGCUAGAGCAUUCAAUAUUAAUUAGUGAUAUUGUGACGUAGGUGGAAUACGUAUCGGUUGAACCUAAUAUAAUCGGCGUUGGUCAUGAAAUCGGUUGGAAUACCACCAAUAUAAUUGAUAUGAUCGAGUUGCAGUCUCUAAACAAAAUUACUUCAUUUUAGUCAAGUUAAUCAACAACAAAAUUUGUGAUUUAUCUAAAAAAUAUGAAAGUUAAAUAUUGAUGUUGUUUGUUGGUAUCAAGUAUAAACGUUUAACUAUUGA